CCAUGGUCCUUCCUGAGACUCCGCUUAGAGUUCAAUGGUGGACCGGUCUUGGCUGGGUUUCUCCAGCAUAACACUGGUGAAUCGUUACCCAGAAUCAGCGGGGUGCCUGAUCCAUAAUCUCGCUGCUUUCAACAAUGUAGAUACUGAGAUUUCACUGUGCAAGGGCACCAAAGUCACAGACAUCUCAAGCUCUUUUCACUUGAGGGAAUAGUGUCGGAGCACUAGGACAGUAACUUUGGAUAUUGACAAUCAAUUUCAUAUCGGCCCAUGUCCAAAGUUACUCUACUGUGUAAGCUUAAAUAACUACAAGCGCCUUUAUACUCAUCAUUGUUUUAACAACAAUUCCUGGCUCCGAUAAUAAACCUUAAUGGAGUUCAGUAAAUUGCCUACAAGAUUUGAAAGUUCUAUAACUUAUUCAAAGCGGAAGCAACAGAAGUCCGGGCUGCUUGAAGGUGUGACCCUCGGUGAAGCAGACCUACUUUAUACCAUGACUUCUCCAUGAGUUACACAGAGUUCUUGAUUGAGAAGAGAUGGCUACAAAGGACGAUGCUCUGCCACGGGAACGGAUGGAAGAAAGCCCGCGGGUGAAGACGGGACAUUUGUGAACGUCGCCCAGAAUACAGGUAAUGUUGAUGUUUAAUUACUGUUCUAAGAUUUGGUUAUUGCAUCGACCCAGUUUCCUGUUAAUUAAAUCAGAGACAGUAUCAGCUCCCCACACUCACCUCAGCGUUCGUUUCAUCCGCAUUGUGUAAACUAUGUAUUUACAAACAUUUCCAGUAAAAUGUAAAGUAACGGGGACAACAUUCGCAGCAAAGAUCACAAAUGAACGUUUCUACAACGUCCAACUGCUAUCUAGCAAAAAAAAAGCAGUUCCGGAGCUGAAAACUAAUCUAAUAAUUUAUUAGUUCUACCUGCUAACUAACAACUUAAUAUUAAUAUCAGGAAUUCGGAAAUGUAAGUAACAUUUUCCAAUUGCUUAUUUAGUAUUACAGUUGAGAUUUGCAGAUUUACGGAUGCUGUUGGAGCAGAAAGUUUUUCUGCAGAUCACCAUGGUUUGGAGAGCCUUUGUACCUGUAAUUGAGUAAGACAAUAAUACUAAAGGACAGGGGAAAAAUACAAAGGAGCGGAUUCCAUAAAGGACGUUGGCCUUUUACAGAGCCGUUAAGAGAGUACUGGAGAAAAUGAAAUAAGUACGCCAGUAGAAAGUAUUUGCCCUUUUCACUGUUGAAAAUAAUUUGCUAAAUGUCCCUCUUUUAUCAAAGCAGCUAAUCACUAAAUCUAAGAAAAAUGACACUAGCUAUAAGGUAGAAUGUGAAGUUUGCAGUUACCUGUAUCAUCAUACACUCCCCAAAAGCGAGUGUCUGAAUUUUUAAUUUCACUCAUUGUUAUAUGCAAUCUGAACAAGAGUAGCCAAAAACGAUUAACCGCAAUAUUUUGUUUCUUUUGGGGGAGUCGACGAAUCUCCAAGGCUUUGGCAGAGCUGGAAACUCCGGCAAGCAUUCAGCAUAAAGCUGGGUUCUGAGGCAGUGGAGCCGCAAGCGACGCCAACUGCUCAACGCAUUCAGAUUUAAAACAGGCCCUCCGGUAACGUCCGCGAUCGCUAGAGAAAGGUCGAUAAAGCCCGCUGUCGCCGCGUUUGCGUACUUACCGUCUAGGCCACUCUCAAACUUUAAACGAGUUGUCUCCAUUCCGAGUUUGAACAGCCUCCCCAAAAGAAGUGCAUGUCCUUUUACUGUUUUAUUUUAAUGCCAAAUGCAUGUUAAAGUGUGUUCGUGUUCUGUGAAACAUCAAUGAUUAAUCUGCUUUAUCAGAGGUCUGCUUUUGCACGCUAUUCUUGGGCUCUGGAUAAUUUUGUUCACUUCGCGUUCGACUUGCGGGGAACAGGGCGGCAGUUAUGUGCAAAGCACACGCAUAGACAAUUCUUAAUAAAUAAAAUAGCCAGCGUGCGUUAUAUUGUCUCUUGCUUUUCUUUGAAAUAUCUCUUUCGGUUCCACUACUAUUUCCUUAUCCCUCCCGCACCAGGAGUUGUUCAAUUUGACACAGGAAGUGCGCGUCCCCGGAGCCGAGCGUCGGGAACGCGCGGUGCUCGUUCACGCCUGGCUGAUUAAAGAUUUGGUGAUAUUUAAUAGAAGAGAAAGCCUGGACUCAGUGGGAGAGACUCACAGCAAGAGAGAGAGGGAGAGAGAAAGAGAGAGAGAGAAAGUCGGAUACGAUCCUAGCCUCUUGGUUUCUCUUCCAAAUAAACCCCAGCAUACGGAUCUUUAUAUGGAUUUUGGGCUCAUUUUCUCCUAAUUCUUUGGAGUUGCUCCGAUUGAUACAAGACGCAGACACACAUACAAAACGACUGGGAUUGUUUGGGAUUUGGUGUCCUCAGAUCGCACAGAUGUUGGUGCACACAUACGCUGCAAUGGAUCGGCAUGAUGGAAUGAACAGCAGUCAUAGUGCCCGGCUCGCCCAGCUCGGCUCCAUGAGCCAGGCUCCCUACUCCACGGCCCCGCCGCUCUCGCAUACCCCUUCUUCGGACUUCCAGCCGCCUUACUUCCCACCGCCCUACCAGCCCCUGCCCUACCCUCAGAGUCAGGAGCCCUACGCUCACGUCAACGAUCCUUAUUCCCUGGCCAGCCCUUUGCACCAGCCCCAGCAGCACCCGUGGCAACAGAGGCAACGCCAGGAGGUGGCGGCCGAGCAGGGUAUCCUGCACCAACCCCGGGGUCUGUCUCAGUUGUCAAGCCUUGAUCACCGUCGGGAUUAUCAUGGGAUCCGGCGGCCUGAUGUGCUUCUCCACUCUGGCCACGGCCUUGACUCAAACCAUGGGCUGGUUGACACGCUCGCUCUCCACGCUCUCAAUCACCACGGGCUCGAUGACGUACAGGCCGUGGAAGAUAACGGAAGCCCUGGGAUGAAUUUAUUGGACCAGUCUGUAAUCAAAAAAGUUCCAAUGCCAAUUAAAGCCAAUGGCAGUUCACUUUCUUUGAACAUGCAAAAGGAUGGCUCAGUUGGAGGAGUAACAAACCCAAAUGAAGUGUUCUGCUCAGUCCCAGGCCGCCUAUCACUGCUCAGCUCCACCUCCAAGUACAAAGUGACUGUGGGAGAGGUCCAGAGGCGUCUAUCACCACCGGAGUGUCUGAAUGCAUCACUACUCGGAGGAGUGCUGAGGAGGGCAAAGUCAAAAAAUGGUGGUAGAUCCUUGAGAGAAAAAUUGGAAAAGAUUGGAUUGAAUUUGCCUGCAGGAAGACGCAAAGCAGCCAACGUCACCUUACUCACCUCACUUGUCGAAGGUGAGGCUGUGCACUUGGCUAGGGACUUCGGAUACGUUUGUGAGACUGAGUUCCCAGCAAAGGCGGCAGCUGAGUUCUUGACCCGACAGCAUUCAGACCCAGCUGAGCUUCAUGCCCGAAAAAAUAUGCUUCUUGCUACCAAGCAGAUCUGUAAAGAGUUCACAGAUUUAUUAGCCCAGGACCGAUCUCCACUCGGAAACAGCCGUCCCUCAGCAAUCCUUGAAGCCGGAGUCCAGAGCUGCUUGACUCACUUCAGCCUGAUCACACAUGGCUUUGGCAGUCCUGCCAUCAUCGCUGCAUUAACUGCCUUCCAGAAUUACCUGGUGGAGGCUAUAAAGGGGCUGGAUAAGAUCUUCCUGAGCUCAUCCAACAGCCAUCCCUCGGGGGAAUCUGGGACUAAAAGCACAGACAAAGAGGCCAAACAUCGAAAAUAACUGGGGACAGAUGGCACGGACCAAACUGUUCUAAUUAUCAAAGAGAUUAAACAGUCAUUCAACGUGCAAUUAAUAACAAAGGACAAAUAAAAUAAUCAUCAGGAGGAUUGUGUUGAGGUGGCUGUGCAGUGACAACUUUCUAAUUGAGGCAAGAAAGGAGUAAAGAGUUAGCCUGGUUUUAUCGAGAUCGAAUAAGGCCUGAACCCAGGCUUGUCUCAAUCAAUGGCACGCACAUUGAACUAUCUUGGGACAAUUGAUCCAGAAUUUGGGAACAUUAAUAUGGCAAGAGAUUAAUAAAGCACAAGCUUGGAGCAACAGCCUCGGCAGAGCAAGCAAAUAGUGUUCCACAUGUGUAUAUUUAUUUAUGUGUAAUUAAAUGGGAACUUUAAAUAGACCCGUGCAAGCUAUUUAUCUGCUGACCUGGUUUUUCUGCUGUGAGUGAUAGGAGAUGAAGACUUUGCUUUUAGAUUUUUUAAACUUGAGGUUUCAGGGACAGGAUAAGGUCAGAUUGGCAGUAUCUGUGUAAAGGUCAUUGUAUUUUCUUGUGGAAGUGAUGCACAGAGGAAUAUUUGUGAAUGUGUUCCUGAACCAUAUUUUGAAACGGUGGCGUGUGAGGUACGAGGUUAUAAAUCUCUUAAUUUGUUUGUCUAGAGUGUUUCAUAAAUUGUUGAAUAAAUUGUGCUGCUAUACAGAACAAUUCUAUUAUAUGUUUCUUUCAUGUAAUGAAAACUUGGUUAUCAGGACUUUGUAAGAUUUUGUAACCUAUUCUCUUCCACCCCAUACACCCUGCAAACAAAAAAAAACUUAAAUCAAACCCAUUUUUGUGUUUUGAAUUUCCUCACAAUCUGUCUUGUUAAUAAAGGAAAAUAAUUUAAACAGUG